AUGAGCGGUUACGGCGGCGGCAUGUCCGGCGACUCGGACGCGCUGUCGCGGCGGCUGCGCGACGCGGAGCGCGCACGCGCCGACGCCGAGCGCGCGCACGCCGACGCGCUGGCGCAGCUCCGGUCCGCGCAGCGCAGUCCGCUCGACGCGCAUACUGUCGACCAGCUGCAGUCGAGAGCGAGGGAGCUGGAGAAGAAGGCGGCGUUAGAAACGGUGCGGUGCGAAGAGCUCCAGCUAGAGCUGUCCGCAUCCUUACGCGCUCGCGGCGCGCCCGCCACGUCCUGGAGCCAGCCGCCGCACCAGCAGCCCGCCUCCGAGAUCGAGCGCAUCAUGGCCAAGAUCGAGCAGGACAACCGCAUCCUCGCCGAGCUCGAGCACACCCGCUCCACCACGCACGGUAGGUUGCACAGAUGUAUGCAAACGAGUGGGUCCAACCAAGCGCUGGGAGACUUCCACUCCCCGGCGCCGUCGCCGCUGCCGCAUUCGUACACGAGCGCGGGGCACCACCCGGUCGCCAUCUGCCAGAGCAACACCAUGCCCACGCUGUCCUCGCUCCACGCCACCGGCCAGUUCACGGCGCCCAGCUCCAACUCCGUCGCCUACUCCAUGAGCGCGCACAACCCUACCUCCUAUACGAACCCCGUCUCUGCCUACUCGACAAAUACUUACGGACUGACGAACCCCACCCACCAAGUCACCUUCACGAACCCCGUCACCGCUCCGCUCGUCAACAACAUCGGACAAAUAUCCAGCACUCUAGCGGGACUACAGAGCAACUUGCAAAAUAUUACCGGCAACGUAUCGGGCAUAAGUUUAGGAGGAGGCUUGUCCGGGCCCACGUUAACAGGAACCAUGGCGGGAUCUGGGUUGACGAGUUGCUUGAACAAUGUGCAGACCAGUUUAUCUGGAGGAUUGACUAGCACUCUUGGAGGAAUGCAGUCGACAUUGACUGGAGGAUUAGGAAACGCCCUUUCAAACUUGACGACAGGCACGCAGCUGGGAGGGUUAAAUACAAGUCUGACUGGCACGAACGUAUACGGUGCUGGAACUGGAACCUACACAAAUCCGUUGUUGUCUAGUGGAAUAGGAACGAAUGCUAUGAACAUUAAACUAAAGCCGCUAGAUGAAAUAGACCUCGGGCUCGGGAGAUACGGGACGACCACGUCCGGCGUGGGGCGAGUGGCGACGCCCGUCACGCCGCAUCAACCCGGGUGGAGCUUAGGAUUAGAUAGCCAAUUUGGAACUGAUAGAUUAGGAGCAUUAGAUUCGGGUUACAGCCAUGACCGAAAUCAAAGAGCUUUGUCUAGAAUCAUGCCUAACUCUGGAUUGGAAAUGGACAUUCGGAAUACACAUUAUAUGAACGGUACAGUCCCAAGUCAAGAGGGUCAAGUGGACAUGCUCGACAUUCCUGGGAAAGGACGUUGCUGUGUCUACAUCGCCCGGUUUUCUUACGAUCCACCAGACAUCGAGAGCGCAGAAGGGGAGCUGUCAGUGAGCGCUGGAGACUACCUGCUGGUGUGGGGUCCGCCGGACUCGAACGCCGCCAUGUUGGAUGCUGAACUGCUGGACGGCCGACGCGGGCUGGUGCCCGCUAACUUUGUCCAGCGGCUUGUGGGAGAUGACUUGUUAGAAUUCCAUCAGGCUGUAGUAGCGACACUCCGGGAUGCUGAUGAGUCGGCGACGACAGCCAUCAGUGACCUCUCGCUCAGUCGCGACGUCGCUCGGCUCAGUGAGGUGGCUGACCUCAGCGAGGGCCCUGAAGACGACGACAACGCCGAGCUGUUUUUCUCGUCGCUAGUCCCAGCGCCGCGGCAGCUGACACUCGAGAGGCAGCUCAACAAGUCUGUGCUGAUUGGCUGGACGGCCCCCGAAGGUGUCCAGCAAGCGAACAUCGAGAGCUACCAUGUGUACGUCGACGGAGUUCUGAAGACGACAGUUAAGGCUUCGGAAAGGACGCGAGCGCUGGUUGAAGGCGUUGAUUCUAAUAGGCCGCACCGCAUCAGCGUGCGUUCCGUGACGGUCACGCGGCGCACGUCCCGCGACGCGGCGUGCACGAUGGUGAUCGGGCGGGACACGGCCAACAUGGGCCCGACGUGCGUGCGGGCCAGCGGCGUGACGUGCUCGCAGGCCGUCAUCUCCUGGCUACCGGCUAACUCGAACCAUCAGCAUGUCGUUUGCGUUAAUAAUGUUGAGGUUCGGACGGUAAAGCCCGGAGUGUACCGCCACACGAUCACCGGUUUGUCUCCCAGCACACAGUACAGAGUAACAGUCCGAGCAAAACACUUGCGAGCCGGACCGCCCUCUGGCAUACCCAUAGAAGAAGCCCCCGGGGCAUACACGGACUUCCGGACGCUGCCCAAAGGCCUCCCCGACCCACCCGCCGAGAUUAUGGUGGAAGCGGGCCCGCAGGACGGCACGCUGCUGGUGACGUGGCAGCCCGUGCUGCGCCCGCCGGCCUCCGGGCCCGUCACGGGGUACGCCGUCUACGCGGACGGCAAGAAGGUGACCGAUGUCGACUCCCCCACCGGCGAUCACGCGCUCAUCGACAUCGGCAAGCUGAUCGGCCUCAACCCCAAAUGUGUCACUGUUCGUACAAAGUCUCGCGACAGUCAGUCGGGAGACAGCGCGCCGACGCCGAUCCCGCCAGCGGUGCUGCGCGGGGUCGUGAACCGCGGGCCCCGGGGCCCCAUGGGCCCUAUGGGCCCCAUGCCCCCGGGCCAGCAACAAGGCUUCCGGAAUCAGCAGCGCCCGCAGCCCUACCAGCAGCACCAACAAGUGCUGGAACACGACGAGAACCUCUCGGACAAGGAGAUAUUCCCCUCCGCCAACAGACACGAUCCGCAUGCCGCUCAGCAAUCGGGGAUACCGGCCAUCGAAAUCACUAAAGAGGGAGCGGCGGAGCUGGGUAGUGAGGACGACGAACGCCGCCGCCAGCAGGUCUGCGAUCUCUCCUACACUUCUGAAUUAAGAUCGACUAACUUAUUGCCGAUGAAGGAUAUUGUGGCUAUGAGCUUGAACUAUUGCUAUUGGCUUUGUUAUGGAAAAUCUAACCUUAUUAAUGUGUUGGUUCGUACGGACGUCAGCAGCAACCGUCCCAACCAGCGCAAGCGUCGCAGCAGCCAUCGGGUCAGCCGUACCCGAGUACACAAGCCUACCAUGGCACGCAGCAACCCCCCUAUCAACCACAGCCAGCCGGCCAGUACCCAAGUAGCCAGCCUCCGUACCCCGGCGCCCCGGGCCCCGCGGCCGGGCCCCUGCCGCCCUACAACCAGCCCCCGCCGAGGAACCACCACGAGAGGGGCCGCCCUCCUAACCCCCACCAGGGAACAAUUUCUUCAGCUCACUUUCGCGGCAGCCAGCAGGGAAGUUGGCAGCGAGAGUAUAAAAACAAUUAAGCAACAACAACAACAACAACAACAAGGGCAGCAGGGUGCGUACGGGCCGCGCGGGGGCGCCCCGCAGGGCCCGAGGGGCGCCGCCUCGCGCCACCCGCAGCAGCACCCGCAGUCCAAACGAAGUCGGUACUUCAUGGCGCUCUUCGACUACGACCCGGCAACCAUGAGCCCCAACCCGGAGAGCUGCGAUGAAGAACUGCCGUUUAGUGAUGGAGACAUCAUAAAGGUGUGGGGAGACAAGGACGCCGACGGUUUCUUCUGGGGCGAGUGCCGCGGGCGCCGGGGCUACGUGCCGCAUAACAUGGUGGUGGAGGUGUCGGAGGCGGACGCGGGACAGGCGGCGGUCAGCAAACCCCGGGACCGCUGGACGGACUCGUACGCCAACCAGCCCGUGCGCCGGAUGGUGGCGCUGUUCGACUACGACCCGCAGGAACUGAGCCCUAAUGUGGAUGCUGAUGCGGAGCUAAGUUUCCACACAGGGCAAAUAAUCCACGUGUACGGCGACAUGGACGACGACGGCUUCUACAUGGCGGAGAUAGAUGGCGUGCGCGGGCUAGUGCCCAGUAACUUCCUCGCGGAGCAGGACCAGUACGCGGGCACCGUUCAGCCUGGACAAGGCGCAGUGGGUGGUAGGGGAGCGCCAGCGAUGCGCGGGCGCGGCGGCGGCGCGGCGCCAGGCCCGGGCGCGCGCGGCCCGCCGCCGCCGCCGCGCGACAACGUCGCACCCGCGCCGCGCGCGCAGCAGAGGAAAGAUGCCUGCCCUCUUCCCCCUUCUCAGUUAGACCACAACACUUGCGCCAGUAAUCCAGAACAGGUGAAUUCUCAGGCGAGGGCGAGAGGCGCGCCGACCGCGCCGGCGCCGGCGAGCACGAUCGCGCGCACGAGCGCUGGUAACGUCGGCACGCCCGUGCAGUCGCCCGCCACCGGGGGCCUGGGCUCGCUGGGGCUGGGCUCGCUGGGCGCCAGCCCCGCCAGCGCGCCGCCCGCGGCCGCGUCGCCCGCGCGCCGCGCCGGGCCCGCCGUGGUGCCGCAGCCCGCCGUGCAGCCGCUGCAGACGCCCGCGCAGCAGCAGCCGCCCACCACCCAGCCCAACCUCAUGCAGAAGUUCACCGAGAUGACGGCCCCCGGCGGCGACAUCCUCAGCAAAGGCAAGGAGCUGAUCUUCAUGAAGUUCGGGCUGGGCGGCAAAUAAUGGCGGCGCCCCGGGCUCCGCGCGCGACGGCCGCGGCGCCCCGCCGCGCGCGCGAGGGCCCGCGUUCGGUGUCGUCGCGCCCUGACCGAACGGUGCCACGCGCCGACAAGAGUACUGUAAGAAAUGUAAAUAUUAAAUGAAUUCAAUAAAC